AUGAAGGAUCUCGGAAUCCCCGACAAGAACUAUCUUCUCAUUAAAGGGCCGAUUCAAGAUGAUGCUACGCAAGAACGAAUUAUCAGUGAUACUUUGAAAAAGUUUCGUCGUAUCAAUACUCUGGUCAACAACGCCGGGAUCUCUCAUGUCAGAAGUCGGAAGCGGACCCAAAUUCCACUGAAAGUCUAGAUGCGAUAUACGAAAUAAACCUUCGUGCGAUCUACAACCUGACCACCAAAAUCGUGUCCCAUUUGUUGAAGACCAAGGGGAAUGUGGUCAACAUCUCCUUAGCUGGAUCUCAACGCGGUACUGACUCCUUCAUGCCCUAUGCAAUGUUGAAAGCUGCACUUGACCACUACACGCGCGAUUUGGCCUUGAAACAUGCCAAGGAAGGAGUCCGAGUGAACGCUGUCAAUCCGGGAGUUGUGGAAACGAAUUUUAUUGGCCGCCAUGGUGUUCCAACCGAAGUCAUUGAACAAAUGGGAACGGUUUGGACGAAGAAAACAAGUCCUAUGUAG